UUUUUCAGUUUUCGAUGUAUACGCCUUGCUGUCUGCGAUUUUCCUUGAUGGGUGCGCGAAAAUUGUGAAAAUAUUUGCGAAAAAGUUGUCAUUCGUGCGGGCUGCUGGUUUGUGAUGAAGUUUGUUUUCUAUCGGAAAAAUUGAAUAGGUUGAAAUUGUUAUGAAUGUUUUGAAUUCUGGGUCGUUCAGUGUGUUCACUAUCAAGUGAAAGCGAAAUCAGAAGACCGUGCUGGGAAUUGCUAAACAUGGUGGCAGGUUCAGGUUAUUCAGUGGCAAUGCACUACAAGGAGUGUCAUAGUGCAAAGUGGCUUUUGAAUGAGGCUUGACUUGUGUCUAUUUAUGGUGGCCUACAAAUUGGCGAAACAGGACGAACGGCUCCAAAGUGUAAACUAUUCUUGAAGGUUGAGAGCUCCAGGGAACGUCGGAAUCGAUAAAAUUGAUUUUUUUCCUUCCUCCGGAUGUCUCAUCAUCGCCGUUAUUAUCCGAAAGGUUGAAUCAUACAAUGCGAGACAGCUGCACCUUCUUUCGCCAAUCGGAUGGAAGGAAGUGAAAUUAUUAUGCUGAAUUGUUAAUGAAAUUGGCCAAUUAUUUAUUUCCAUAAGCUCGUCGAAUCGACAGAAGGAGCUUGGUUGAAGGGCUGAGACACAUCCACGUUUGAACCUCCUGGGCAAUACACCAUUUAUGGCACCGCGUUUGAUAACGAUAUCGACCCCCUCGAUUUCACCAUCGUCCAGCCCGUCGUCCCCCUUCGAGGUAUGAAAACAAGCUUUCGCUACUAGCCUUCUUCAUUUCAGCAUCGCAAAUAUCUAUAUCAACACAGUAUGACAUCAUCUUUGUUGUGCUUUCGUGCUUGGGGCGUGUUUCGUUACAAUUAGACUCUACACACUGCUCGCUGUUGUGCUCUGUUAGCCGAGCAGGGUAAAGUUCAAGACAGUGCUUCUUAUCCUCUACGUGUUCUACAUCUGCUGCUACUGCUGCCUCCAUUGCCAAAUAUUACUGCUGCUGCUGACGCUUACAGCUUGAAUCAGAGACUGCGUUAAUACAACCGUAUACAACUCGUGUGUGAGUCCUUUGUCGCCAGCUGCGGCUUUUUGCGUUGCGUUGUGAGCACGUGUCAAGGCCAAACAUCAGUAUACGCAGUGACACCAACAACAACAACAGCAAACAGCAACAUCAUCCAUCCAUAAUUUGCUCAAAACUGGAGGAUGAAAUUAGAUCCUCCACUGACGCAGAACUAAUCAUCAUUAAGGAUUCAUCAAUGUUUCAGUCAUGCCGCCUCUGGAAUCUGAGUAUAGCAAGUGUGUUGGCGCUAACGCUGUCUAAUGUUUUCCUCACGGUUCGGCUGCUCCACAAUGGCGACUGCAAUUCGCAGCAAUACAGUGCUGCCAACAUCGAGGACAGUGCUUCGCUGGUUCCACGAGCCCCGAUCCUCACUCCGGCCACCUGUCUGGAGUACGUGCUGGCCGAAUCAUUGACUAAUAACACCGAUAAGGCAGUGUUUUCCGGGCUUGAUCUUCGAUUGGGUCGCUGGGAUUCGAGGCGGCUGUAUAAAUUCUUCGACUUUGCUGUGAUUGGUGAGAAGUAUCCAGAACUAUCGGAAAAGUUUUCCGUUUGUCUAGCGACGCAAAGUUCGCUGGAGAAGAUUUACUCGCUGGUACAAGUGUCACAUCAUUGGUCUGGACCGAUAUCGGCGGCCAUCUUUGCUGCCGGAAACGAUGAACUGUACCUGUUGCAGAUCUACCUUUCGUAUCUGAGAAAUUGCUUCAAAACGAUUCGCGAACGGGUGAGCUUUCAUUUGGCCUUGCCGAAAGAUCGCUCCCCAACCCAUCUGAAGAGCAUUCAUGUGGGAGAUUUUACCAAGUUCGAUUGUGCCAAACCGGAAGCGACGUUGAACGAUCUGAUAAAACUGCGCAAAGCAGAAACCAAUAAGUGGCGCAUCAAGAAUCCGUACCCGCAGAACCAUCUGCGCAACGUCGCCCGCAAAGGGUGCCAAAGUAAUUACGUAUUUUUGACGGACGUGGACAUUAUUCCGAGUGUGAACUUUGCAGAACAUCUUGACAAGUUUCUGAGAGCUCAAAAGCCGGUGCAUCAACAACAGCAUCCCCAGACAGCUUACGUGGUUCCGACAUACGAGUUGGAUGAUCGGGUUCGAUUCCCUCGAAACAAGACUGAUUUGAUACGACUGGCGAACAAGGGCCUGGCGAGGCCGUUCCAUCACAAAGUUUUCAUCUACAAUCAGUUUGCGACGAACUUUUCAAGAUGGCAGACGGAUGUUUCGGAGAACGACAUCACCAGGGUGUCACACAACGUGACAAACUUCGAGUUCUUGUACGAACCUUUCUAUGUUGCCCCAGAUACGGUGCCACCUCAUGAUGAGCGGUUUCUCGGCUACGGUUACACCCGGAAUACACAGGUCUACGAGAUGUUCGUCGCCGGCUAUCAGUUCCAAGUGCUGACUCCGCUGUUUACCGUCCACUGGGGACUUCAGAACAAGAAAAGUCGUCCGGCGUGGCGCGAGCGGCAAAACAACGUCAACCGGAAGUACUUCGAGAUCUUCAAGCGGGAAGUAUUCGCUCGAUAUCACAAGGAUCCACUGCGAAUGUUGCUACCGAAAAAGGUUCAAAAGCAACAUGGCGUCGGUGCAGGGGGAGCCGGAAAUGCUGGAGCCGGGGCUGGCGGAGCUGCUGCAGCCGGAGACGGAAAUGGCUGAUGGUUCAGCUCCUGGUUCAAAUCAAACGCUGCGGGCAAAAAGUCCAAACACCAGAAACAUUUGCGCAAUAAACACCGAAUAUCAUAGGAAAACAAAAAACAAAAACAAAUCGUGUCAGUGUUAGCGAACAAUCUGUAGCUAAAAUAAAAGCCAUUUGGAUAGCGCGAAUCCAAACUCACACUUAUGGUAGCACGUGAACUCAUGCUUCUCCUGCCAAAUUAGUCUAUAACGAAUCAUUAUGUUAUCGGUAUCGUACGCUUUCUAGAAUCUAGCUAUACUUUUAAUGAUUCUUUUCAAAAAAUUUUUGGGCACCCGGUCACCUCUAGACUCUUUCAUUCAUAUGUGAUAGUAACUCUUAUAACCUAUUCUAAAAUUCGUUGAGUUUAUAGACCGCGUUCCAAUUUGAUAGAGCGUUAAUUUUCAGCGCCGUAGCUUGAUGUGCAUCGAUAAACUCCUCUCUAGCCGAGAAGUCACUUAACAUUCGAUUAGUUUAAUACUAUCAUUUUCGUGCUCGUUAAAAAUUUCUAUGGGAAUGGAAAAUCACAGAAUUACAAUCGUGGUAAAAAAGUUGUCAAGAAAUUUGAAAAAGGCAACCAAAUCGGUGAGAUGCAUAUUGAACAAAGCGUCAACCAGAUAUGCGUAUAUGGUCGGUUUUAACUGUGAGCCAAUUACCUAACUACUCGAAGGAAGUGAAACGGAAAUGUAAGUGUUUAUGAGUGGGAUGGUGAAUCGCGAAUGUAUAUAACGCCAUUUUUAAAUGAUUAUUACAAAAGAAAAUAUAGCAAACGAAUAAAUUAAUGUUGUAAUUUCUAGAACAUGCAAUCUA